AUGGCAAGAUUGACUUUCGAGAAUCUACCUUCUCUUGUUUCCCUUGUUCUUUUCUUUCUGUUACAUUUUUCGCAUCAUGUUGCUUCAGACUCUACUGAUGAAGCAAAUGCUCUUCUCAAAUGGGCAGCCAGUCUUCAAAACCAGGAACAGUUCAACCUAUCUUCAUGGCCUCUGCUUCCAACAAAUGCCACCAAUUCCAAACCAAAAACAAGCCCGUGCACUUGGCUUGGAAUUUAUUGCAACCGUGGAGAAAGGGUCUUUCGAUUAAACUUGACAAAUGCAGGUUUAAACGGUAUGCUUCACGACCUUUCUUUCUCAUCCUUUCCUGAUCUUGAGUUUAUUGAUUUCAGCUACAAUGGACUUUUUGGUACCAUCCCACUUGAAAUCACUCAGCUUUCCAAACUCAGAUAUCUUGAUUUAUCAAAUAAUCAGUUAUCAGGGAUAAUCCCGUCAGGGAUUGGCCUCCUAACAAAUCUUGAAAUCCUGCACUUAGCUGAAAAUCAAUUAAAUGGUUCAAUUCCUGAAGAAAUAGGUCAGUUAAGUUCCCUUAUUGAGCUUUUCUUAUAUAGCAACUAUUUAGACAGUCAUAUUCCUGUUUCACUGUGUAAUUUGACCAAGUUGUCUACAUUACACCUCUAUGAUAAUCAAUUUUCUGGUACUAUUCCUUUGAAAAUGGGAGACCUCACCAAUUUAGUUGAACUUUUCAUGGAUACCAAUAGACUAGAAGGUUCUAUCCCUUUCACUUUUGGAAACUUGACAAAGCUAACUUAUUUGUUCAUGUACCAAAAUCAACUUUCUGGUUCUAUUCCCUCAGAAAUUGGAAACUUGAAGUCUCUCAACUGGCUAAGCCUUUUUGGAAACAAUCUUUCUGGCCCAAUUCCAAAGUCACUAAGUGGUCUGUCAAGCCUCACCCUUCUUCAUCUUUACAGAAAUCAACUCUCCGGCUCCAUUCCUGAAGAGUUAGGAAACUUAAUGUCUAUUUCUGAUCUAGAAUUGGGUGAGAAUCAACUUAAUGGUCCUAUUCCUUCUUCCUUGGGUAAUUUGAGCAAGUUACAAUGGUUAAAUCUCCGUGCUAACCAACUUAGUGGUUCUAUUCCUGCUUCCAUGGGAAAUUUGAGCGAGUUACAACAUUUAAAACUCGGUAGCAACCAACUUAGUGGUUCUAUUCCUGCUUCUUUGAGUAAUCUGAAGACCUUAGAAUUCUUAACAGUCUAUGACAACCACUUAACUGGCCCCAUUUCCUUGGGUAAUCUGAGCAACUUGUUGAUUUUGGAACUCUCUAGCAAUCGGUUUACUUCUUUUUUGCCUCAUAAUAAUUGCAUAAGCGAAUCACUUCAUGUUUUGGAUGCAACAGACAAUAAUUUGAGAGGUCCAAUCCCAGAAAGCUUGAGAAAUUGCAUGAGCUUACUUGGUAUUUCUCUUGGUAGCAACCAACUUAGUGGUUCUAUUCCUGCUUCCAUGGGAAAUUUGAGCGAGUUACGACUUUUAAAACUCGAUAGCAACCAACUUAGUGGUUCUAUUCCUGCUUCUUUGAGUAAUCUGAAGGCCUUAGAAUUCUUAGCAGUCUAUGACAACCACUUAACUGGCCCCAUUUCCUUGGGUAAUCUGAGCAACUUGUUGAUUUUGGAACUCUCUGGCAAUCGGUUUACUUCUUUUUUGCCUCAUAAUAAUUGCAUAAGCGAAUCACUUCAUGUUUUGGAUGCAACAGACAAUAAUUUGAGAGGUCCAAUCCCAGAAAGCUUGAGAAAUUGCAUGAGCUUACUUAUUAUUUCUCUUGGUAGUAACCAACUCGACGGAAACCCAUUUGAGGACUUCGUUGUCAACUCAAAGUUACUAUUCAUGGAUCUAAGUCACAACAAAUUUUCUGGUCAGAUCUCAAGCAUUUGGAAAUGGAGGUCACAAAUACAGGCCAUACGUGUUGCAGGAAACGAUAUUACUGGCAUGAUACCACCUGAGAUUGGAAACUUUAAGCAACUACGUGAACUUGAUCUUUCUUCAAAUCAUAUAUCUGGGAAGAUUCCGAAUGAACUUGGAGAGUUAACGCCUCUGCUGGAGCUAGCUUUGAAUCAAAAUCAACUUUCUGGAGCUAUACCUUCAGAACUUGGAUCUCUGACCAAUCUUGAGUACAUGGACUUGUCCACAAACAGAUUGAGCGAGCCAAUUCCAGAAGAUAUUGGUGACUUGGUGAAACUACACUACUUGAAUUUGAGCCACAACAAGUUGAACAAAGCAAUUCCAAAGCAGCUGGGUGAGUUGGUUCACCUCUCGCAGCUAGAUUUGGGUCAUAACUUGCUGACAGGAAAUAUUCCUAUAGAUUUCGCGAAACUUGAGAGCUUGGAGGAACUGAUUAUCUCUCAUAAUAAUCUCUCUGGUUUCAUCCCCAACGCUUUUGAAGAAAUGCAUGGUUUGUGGAAUAUCGAUAUAUCCUACAACCACUUUCAGGGUCCAAUUCCCAAUAGCAAAGCUUUUCAACAUGCUUCUAUAGAAGCUCUGCGUGGUAACAAAGGAUUGUGCGGCAAUUUUAGUGGCUUGGACCCUUGCUCGGGGCAAAAACAAGUCUCGAAGAAGGGCACUAAAAUUAUGCUUAUAAUUUUACUCCCUGUUUCAGUAACAGGUGCUCUUUUAUGUAUGUUGGUUGUUCUGUUCUUCAGGUUCCAAGCAAGGAAGAGAGGUUCAAAGAGAGAAGUUGAAAUGAAUAGUGAAGGGUUGCUUGCUACAUCAAUUUUUGAUGGAAAAACAUUGUACAAGGAAAUCAUACAAGCAACCGAGAAUUUUCAUGAUAUGCACUGCAUUGGAGAGGGUGGAUUUGGAAAGGUCUAUAAAGCUGAGUUACCAUCAGGAAAUACUUUAGCUGUGAAGAAAUUCCAUUCACUGAAUCAAGGUGAGACAGCAGAUCAGAAAGAGUUUCUGAAUGAGAUAAGAGCAUUAACAGAGAUAAGACAUCGAAAUAUCGUGAAGUUCUACGGCUUUUGCUCGCAUCUAAGACACUCGUUUUUGGUCUAUGAGUACCUGCAGAUGGGCAAUCUGGACACUGUGCUAAGUAAUGAUGAAGCUGCAAGAGAAUUGGAUUGGAAUAAAAGGUUGAAUGUCAUAAAAGGUGUGGCAAAUGCCUUGUCAUACAUGCACCAUGAAUGCUUGACACCAAUUAUUCAGAGAGACAUAUCAAGCAAGAAUGUUCUGCUGGAUUCAGAAUUUGAAGCUCAUGUUUCAGACUUCGGCAUAGCCAAGUUUCUGAACCUAGACUCUUCCAAUCAGUCUAUGCUAGCAGGCACAUAUGGAUAUAUAGCACCAGAGCUUGCCUACACAAUGAAGGUGACUGAAAAAUGCGAUGUCUAUAGCUUUGGAGUGUUGGCGUUGGAAAUCAUCAAUGGAAAGCAUCCAAGUGAUUUAAUCUCUAGAAUUUCAUCACAAUCUGCAGACACUGAGGUAGAGAUGAGCAAUAUGUUGGACCAAAGGUUAUCUCCUCCGACACAUGAAGUUGAAGACAAAUUGGCGUUCACCGUGACUCUGGCAUUCUCAUGCAUACGUAUGAACCCACAGUCCCGGCCGGCUAUGCAGUUUGUUUCUCAGCUCUUGUCAAACUAA